UGCUUGCCACCCAUGUUUAAACACAGUAUUGACAUACACUCUCUUCCUUAUCUCAAAAAAUCCUACAGCACAUUUCUAGAUAAAGUGAAUGAAUCUUCUAUCACAGUCCAUUGUGAAAGGAUUUCUGGUAUAAAUGUAGCUGGUGAGCUAUUUGGGUCAAGUGGAACAAGAAAGAGCAGGUCUGGGUUUAUUUUAGCAGCAUGGUGUGGAGUAAAUGGAAGGAUAGAUACCUCUGGUACUAAAGUCCGACCUGGAGUAGUAACACACUUUAUAAGACAGAAUGUAGAGGUYGAUGGUUGUAUGGAAACCUGUAUCUUGGCUGAAGUYAGAUGGUUCCAAGUACACCCAAGAAGAGAUGCUUUGGGAGCACCAUUGCAAGUGUGGUGCAAUAACCACUAUGAAAUAGAAGGCCCUGCAGAUUUUAUACCAUUGCAAAGAAUUCAUGCUAAAUUUGUACCUGCGAUUCAGGUGCUUAAUAAUGAAAAUGUUUUAGUUGUUUGCCCCUUGCCACGCAAAUUGCAAUGCUGAUAUUUUCAUAUCUUGUUUUAGUUACCAUUAAAUUUAAACAUAAGGGGCWGUUWAUUUUACUACUGGGGAGGACAUGUGCAGGUGAGAUUUUGAGGGUUCAUAAAAAAAUCAUGCCUAAUGUCAAUAGAUCCAAUGCAGCACUUUGGGGGGAAGCUUAUUGUGGGGGACAARRCAAUAGAGUUCCAAAUGUCAUGAGAUUUAAYUUUUUUUMUUUUCCUUCAUAUYGAAUUGCUUUGACUUGGCAUAAAGGGGUUCAUUAUAACACCUAAGAAUAGAGUACUUGGUGUGAUGUACCAUUCAGUUUUGAAAUAUUCAUAUUAGAGGAGAACACAACAAUGUCUCCCUUUCUGCCAGUUUUAGGCUGUUUUGAGCAGCAGAAAUGAAGGUAUUUGAUAUUAUAGCUUGGAAAAGACAUAUACUUUGAAUUAAUGAUUCAUUAUUCUGAAAGGUAUAAGAACAGUYUAGACACUUUCCUAAUGUUCUUCUUUUUUCUCUUCAUAUUUUUGUACUCAAAUUGCUAGACCAUAUCUGACAUUGAUAGGAGCUUAAUCAAUAGUCGUCAUUAUUAUACCAAAAAAACAAGCAUCGCCAUUAGAAAGAACUAACAAAUUUUUAUAACACUGGAAAAAUUUAGUACUAUCAACAGUAUUCCAAUAUAGUUUAUUAGCAAUCAA